AUGGCACAGUACACGCACGACUCAGUUCCGCAUCGCAUGAAGCCCAGCUCCUCGCCGUCCAUGUCGUCGCAAUCCGCCCUCGCAUCCACAAAUGCUACCGACGAUACGGCGACAAACGCAAGCGACUAUGGCACUUCAGACACAGACAGCACGCUCUCUGAAUCCAGCGAAGAGCCCAGCAGCGACGAGAGCUCGAGCGAAGACGAAGAUGAAGAUGACGACGGCGAAGAUACAGAAAUGGAGCUAGACGAAGCAAAAGGCGCAGACGGCGUUGUCAACCUUCGCGCAAACAGAGGCACAAAACCCAUCAUGAAGCUGACAAAGGCCGAAAUGGGACCAGAUAUUAGAGGGUUUCUCAAGGACUUUUUGCCGCGCCUCAAGGCCGCCAAUGAAGAGCUUGAGGCACAGAAGCGGGCGGGUACGUUAAGGAGAUUGGAUGCUGAGGACCAGGAAGAAGGCGAGCCGUACAUUGAAAUGGAUCUCGGACUCGGUGUAUUGGAAGAGAAAGAUCCAAACGCAGCAGAGAGCGACGCAGAAAGCACGAGCGACGCCGAAGACGAAGACGGCAACAAAGAAAAGGAUGUCUUGGGGAAACUACUGGGGCGACGAGAAAAACCUGAUCCGGCCAAAAUUGAAGUUCUUCCAAACACGACCGGCUCAUGA